AUGGCUUUUUCUUCGAACCUCCUCAAGUCCAACCACUUCUCAACCAAACCCCUCAUCAACAACUCCUUUCGAUUCAAUCCAACUACUACUCAUCGACGAGCCUUCCACAACUCUACGCCCAAGAUGACUAUCAAGUGCUACUUCGACGUCGCCUGGACCGACCCCAAGAGCAACCAGGCUCAGAACGGCCGCAUCAACUUCAACGUCUACGACGAUGUCGUCCCCAAGACUGCUGAGAACUUCCGUGCCCUCUGCACCGGCGAGAAGGGCUUCGGCUACUCGGGCAGCAAGUUCCACCGUGUGAUUCCGGACUUCAUGCUUCAGGGAGGCGACUUCACUCGUGGUAACGGCACGGGCGGCAAGUCCAUCUACGGCGAGAAGUUCGCGGACGAGAACUUCCAGCUCAAGCACUCCAAGCCCUUCCUCCUCAGCAUGGCCAACGCCGGGCCCAACACCAACGGCUCCCAGUUCUUCAUCACCACCGUCGUCACCUCCUGGCUCGACGGGCGCCACGUCGUCUUCGGCGAGGUCGCGGACGAUGAAUCGAAGAAGAUUGUCAAGGCGAUCGAGGGGCUGGGCUCUAGCAGCGGCAGCACCAAGGGCAGCCCGAUGAUCUCGGCUUCCGGCCAGUCCUAG